AGAGAGACAGACAAACAAACACCAGCCGUCAGGGUAUAAAACAGACAGACAAGAACCACUAACACAGAGACGAUUGAGGCAGACUGACAGUGAGAGAGACUAGUCUGGAAGACAGAGAACAAAAAGAAAGUGGGGAGGCCCACGUGUGAGAGCCAGCAAAGAGAAAGAGUGGGUGAGAGAAAAAAAAAAGUGCAGUAAGCAAGGAAUGGAACGAGGAAGUCAUGAGCAGAAGGGUGUGGUCGACUAAUGGUUCUUAAUGGUUCCUGACUGACACACAGAGGAAAGGGACCGUGGAUGCUGCCCUGGAACGAGCUCUGGAACUACGCGACAACUCAGGAUGGACACCAAGAUUCAGCUGAGCUGGAUGGCAGUAUGUCUGUUUCUCACACUACCAGGGUCCCUUGCUCAGAGCCCUACCACCACACACCCCAAAAUGACUCUGGUGACGAAUGUUACUGCCGCUCCCUCUCCAGCCAGAACUGGUGCGCCUACACAUGCCUCCUGUCCUGUUGAGCUCAACCCUCCCAGAGUAGUGGUGAGAUAUGGAGACUCCAUCUCAGUCAACUGCACAUCAUCCAUAGACCCCGAGGGGAUGGGGUGGGAGGCCACGUUCGGAGGUACAGGUUUGCAAGGAAAUGUAAACUUUGUCACCUGGACUGUGAGAAGCCUCAUGGACUGGACAAUAGAACCUAAAUGCUACGUCAAGCCACAAAAUGGAAGUCAGUGUACUGAGAUUCUCCCUGUCAUUCUCUACAAGACUCCAGACAACGUGUCUAUCUCUCCUCUGAGCCACUCUGGUCCAAUGAUGGAGGGGAAGGAGUACCAGCUGCAGUGUGUCAUCCAGAAUAUCGCUCCUCUACAGAACCUGGUUGUGAGGUGGUACAAAGGGAAUGAAACUAUAGAGACUCAAACGUUUAAUGACUCCACAAAGGAACUAGUGAAUAUGUCCUCCACUAUCACCAUCACCCACAAAAGAUAUGAGGGUGAAGUAGAGUACAGAUGUGAGGCAGAGCUGGACCUGGGACCAGAGGGACCAAAACCUUCUGCCUUGUCAUCAAAACCUCUUAAUGUUACUGUUUACUGGCCCCUUGCUCAGAGCCCUACCACCACACACCCCAAUCGAUCGGUGAAAGUGACUCCCUCUCCAGCCAGAACUGCUCACACAAACAAGUCAACAACGCCCACGGCUAAGUCCUUAACCACCACAGUGACACCAUCUCCAACCACCUCUGAAGAUACCUCCGUCGUUUCUCCUGUUGCCUGGGACGCAAAGUGGGAUGAACCAUUCAGUUAUGACUACUACUUCCUCCGUGUUGUUGGUCUGUCUAUGUCUGCAGCGCUCUUCAUCCUGGGUAUUAUGGUCAUUAGCUGUGGUAAAGUAUGCCGGAUGCCUAGGUGUCAUGUGGGCACAGGGAAGUCGUACCAAGUGGCCAGAGAGUAGUGAGGGGACAAGCGUGUUACUGAGUGGCCUCAAGACACCAAAAGAGUUCAUCAGAGGGACAUGGAGAAACAACACUGAUACAACAGACAUUAUGGACCAUGUGCGUGUGUAUGUUUGAGUUUGAGUUUAUUUUACUUUUACAGGGACAGUGCACAUUAUGUGUGUGUGAAAACGUUGUUGGACAAAACUCUGCGUCUGUCAUUUCAGAGAUGAGAACGUGAUAUGUAUUUCAUGUGCCUUUCCCACAGACUGCAAGUGAGACUCACUCAACAUUAUGAAAUUACCCCUCCCUCACUCUUCUAAAGACUUACCUGUAGUUUUGAAUGCAAGUUUUAUUAUACUUUGGCACUCAUGUUUCUAUGUAUAUUUUCAAAUGCUUACAAAAUGUUACAGAAUACAUACUGUAGAUGUUACGUAGCUCAGAGGCGCCCCCAAGAGCACUGGAAGAGGUACUGAUCCUUUUUUCUCUCUGAUAUUCCAGAGACAGCAAUUUCAUGCCUAGCUUUUCACAGAUCAUUGUGUAGAUUUUAUCUGUAGAUUUGUCACCAACUUGGAUGAUAUUUUCUCUAAUAAAUCACAUACAUGUCCUGUU